UCCCAUCUUAGAAAUGCGCUAUGACGUUAUUUGUAAUUGUGCCCAAAACUCCUUAAUGAAUAACUUUGCCAGAGGAGAAAGCAAAUGUUCCCCCAGCUGUUUCCUGUCGAAAAUGUCUGUGUAAUGUAGAUAAAUGUGAGGAUUUUCUCUAAAUCCCUCUUCUGUUUGCUAAAUCUCGCUUCCCUCUACGAAAACCAGAGUAGAAGAGCCUGCGCAAUGCAACGAAGUCUGAAUAUUGAAAUGUGACAUUGCUCGCCACAUCUCAUCCUAUUUCGCGUUGAAUUUUUUAUUUUUUUUUGUAAUGACUUCAAACACAUUUAUUUUGCUGCUCUUUGUAGUUUAAGGUUCCAUGGGGAUGUCCAGCAGGCAUUCACUCUUCCAUCAGUGGCACUUGUGUGAUGUCUUCAAGUUUAAGAUGUGCUGUUUGUCCUGUACCCAUGUGCUCUACUUGCUCCUGUGUGUUGUGUGCCUGACUCAGGCAGCUGCAGCCGGCUCGGAGACUCUGUGCGGAGCUGAGCUUGUGGACACUCUUCAGUUUGUGUGCGGGGAGAGAGGCUUCUAUUUCAACAAACCAACAGGCUAUGGGGCCAGCACAAGGCGGCCACACCACAGGGGCAUCGUGAACGAGUGCUGCUUCCAGAGCUGUGACCUGAGGCGGCUGGAGAUGUACUGCGCACCUGUUAAGCCAGCCAAAUCCUCACGCUCUGUACGUGCCCAGCGCCACACCAAUAUGCCGAAAGCACAAAAGAAACCCAUAUCUGGUAAUAGCCAGCCAUCUUGCAAGGAGGCACAUUCGAAGAAUUCCAGCCGAGGGAACACAGGCAACAGGAACUACCGGAUGUAGAAGAGCACAAUCCAGAGUAAUAAUAAUAAAAAUUAAGAGGUGAAUGCGCCAUUGCAGAAUGGUUCACUAUUGUUAAUGCAAACUGGUGAAACAUUAUAUAAAUGAGUUCAAUAGCAGAAACGCAGGUAGAAGGCUUUCUGCUGUUCAACAGUGCAAUGUGUUAUUGGUAGGAAAAUCACUUUACUAAAAAUGUAUUGAACCAAUAUAGCCACGAAGAUCUGGGCUGUGACGUGUGACCCUGUGGUUGUUGGUUUCAUUUCUGUGCACCAGCCUUUUCAGAGCAGCUUUUGGGCGUCCUGGAGUUCAUAUGGCUCUGCUGGUGUAGACCUUGAGCAAAUUAGUUUGGCACCAGAGUAGCAGCAGGACUGGAACAAUGGAUGCAUGGACUUGAGGACAAAUAGGAUCAAAUACAGCAGUGGACUUUAAGGCUUUUUAUUUGAAACACACAUUGACAACCCCUCUUUCAGGAAAACAAAAAAUAAUUGGUGUGACAUGAAACAUAUCAAUUCUGUAUUGUGGUUAUGGUAGAGUAUAGCAAGAGCUCUAGAUCUCAACUCAUUUAGCCAAAUUAGAAACAAUUGUUAGCAGUGUAUCCAUUUUACCUAAAACGAUUUAAGUUCUUUCUUUUGUUUGAAAAAAACUAUUUUUUCCUUAUUUAUGUGGGAUUUCCAAUUUAAUGAUUAAGAUGUAAGCAUGUAGGUGCUUCAAAGUAAAUUUGUACCCAACACAGUUA